AUGGGUACACAUCGGCAGCCGGUGCUGCAAGCUGUCUGUUGCUUCAUACUUCGGCUGUGUAUCCUGACCUCCUGCGCAGCGAUCAGCACCUUUGACUGCAGCUUCGACGAAUCAACGGUCUUCGCACUACGAGAUGAGGGCAGGUUUGAGAUAGCCGGGUUAUUCCCAAAUGCCACCUGGCAGCCACUUUUUCAGCUAGAGGUGGGAGCUGGUCUCGUCAACGCCUGCGGAGUAAACCCCCAGGACUCGAUCCUAUACUGUAUCGUCACGUACGGUAGCGACGUGUUUGUCGCACGGUUCGCCCGAAAUCAAUCUGAAUACGUCGCGCGCCUGCCCAAUGGCACAAGUGUUCGGUCAGUGGCAUUUCGGAGUGAUGGCGCACUCUAUGUCGCGGGCAAUACAUCCAUCAGCUCUCUGGAUGGCAUCGCUUCACUUUCGGGCUUUGAUGCGGCGCCCUCCAACCAGACGUGGUCUGCCCUCGUUUCACAUGGUAUCGAGCCUACCGAGGUGGGUGGCAUCGUUGCAUACACAGCGGAUCUUGAUGGCUCUGGUAUGAGGACCUACGUUGCAACCCUGGUGCCCUCAGGGCUGCUGCUCUGGCGCGAGGGCUCCGGUUUUCAAUCCUUCGCAAUUGAGGGAAUUCCCAGCGGAACCUACGAGAGCGCGUGGCAGUUUGGCUCGCGGGUGUUCUUUGCGAGCUCCAAAAACGAGACAGUGAUUGUUGAAGUUUUCUUGAGCUCCCUAGACUUCUCUUCCAUGACAGUGCUGGCCAAGGGUUUCCUGGCUCUGGAAGGCUUCCAGAAUCUGCUCGGUGGGAUAAGCUGCCCUUCGUCCAGCCCAUCCUUCCCCUACACCUGCAGCGCCUUGACUCCAGGACUACUUCCUGCAACAGCGAUACAAGAUUGUGGCCUAGACAAUCUCAACGGCUCCUCUUGUCCAUUCAACUGUACCAACGGCUUCUCGCACACUGGACAACUGACUUGUGUGAAUGGUCUUUGGCUAGCUGAUGGGGCUGAUCCUCCGCGCUGUAUUGCCCCAUGCCAGAAUGUACCGGGUGCUGCAGAUGUGAGAACGCGUGCGACGUUUGUUGGUUAUGAAUUUGGGUACUGGGCAUCGCCGACUGUACCUACAACGACCACGACGUCUACGGCGCCGUGUGACACAAUCCAGGCGCAGAUCUGUCUGCAGUCAGUGAUGUCGAUAACCGACAUCGGUUUGUUCUGCGUGGCUUUGCCUUCUGCCAUCGCAUGCUUAGAAAGCGUGCACUGCUGCGCGGAUGCCCAGACACCAAUCUCAGGAAGCAUCGACAGCUGCUUAGGAGUGGGACUGCAAGUUGAGAACGCAUGUGUCGAGACGUUGGUGGACGAGACCUGCGACGUGGCGAGUGCCACAGCGAGCUGUCUGGCGGUGGUUCCCGAGACCAUCAGCUCAAACGAGAGCUGCCAUGAGCUUGCACGGGCACCUCUGUGUCUAUUCAGCAAGUCUUGCUGCCCACUGCUCACGAACAUUGAUGCACACAUGAGCACGUGCGCUUCCAUGGGCAUCCACAUUGCGAACCCGUGCAAUCCAGAGGAGCUCCCAAUCGCAAAUGAGGGCGCGAUUUUCAGGGAGACCUGUCGCAGCCCCAGAGUGCCAGCAAACGAUAGUGUGCUGGAGGAGGACUACGUCUGCAAGGAUGGAUCUUUUGAUCUGUUGGGCCUGCAUGGGUCAAACCUGACUUGCGUGGACCUUCCGUGCCGCUUGAAUCCACACCCAGGUGGUGCCUACGACUGCGUUCUGGAGGGGAGGCAGGUCCAGCUAGCGGAGGACUCCCAGGGCUACCUACUCGUUCCUGUCGGAGCGGCGUGCUCACUCCGCUGCCACGCCAGCUACCAGCAGCCCGUUCCGACGGUGGAGCUCCGAUGUGCCUACGCGGAGAGCACCUACCCUGACAUCAUCUACCUGACUGAGCGAGUGUCCUCCAGUGCAGUGACGCAGAUAGUUGAGCGAAGCUCAUCUGGGAGCCUUGAGCCUCUGUCUACGAGCCAGGUCUGCAUGGACAUCAACUGCACGUCACCGACCUUAGAUACUCUGCAGGCAAACAUUCUCAGCAUCGACUGCGAGGGCAUCUCCUACAACUCCACCUGCUCGCCCGUCUGCGCCGCAGGCUACGAGGACAGCCGCCAGGUGCUGCGCUGCGCAGCCGACGGCCGCUUCCACGGCUUCCUGAGCUGCCUGCCGCUGCCCUGUUCGGGUUCGCCGCCAUGGUCCGCUGGGGAGAUUCCGGAUGAGGCGUGUGUGGGGCAACCACAUGGUGCGGCUUGCGAUAUCCGCUGCUCUUCGGGCUAUGAUGCCGACCCUAGCGCUGUGCAGUACAUCUGCGAGGCUGGCGACUGGCGGGUGAACAGCACAUCACCCUGCCAGGAAAAGCCUUGCCUUAAGGCGCCGGACAUAUGGAAUGCCGAGCCCUCCAGUUUGCUGUCCUGCCAGAACCGACCAGGUGGGUUCCAGUGCCCCGUCCGCUGCAUUGAAGGAUACUCCCUGACGGACAACGUGACCUGUGUCAGGGGGUCCUACCUCGUGGGCGAUCUAGGGUGCAUACACGAUUCGGUGGUCUCGACCCCGACAAGUGUGAUUGGCGCGGACCUAACCAUGAUCUCUGCAUCGAGUGGCGAUGGUGACAAGACCACUGCCGUCGUCUCUAUGAGAUCCUGGCUCAUGCUCGAUCCUUCAGCUUCUUCGUACCCGGAGGAGCUGGGUGCACAUGUUGCGGCAGAUGUCAUGGCAGCGAAUGGGACCUCGGCCCUGAACGCAACGCUUUCCGUCUGGAAUGCUGGCCUGAGCUCCGAGCUCUCCCCUGCCAUCGCUAUCAGAGCUGCAGUGGGUGCAUGCCUGGCGGUCAACGCGCCAGCCGAGGCGAUCUCGGCUUUGACCGAGCUAAGUUACGCCUCGUUGGGUGUCCACGAGAGCGUCACCGGCAUCACCCAGAGCGCCAUGAGAGUGCUUUCGUCCAAUGACACCGCGACCUUGGCACGCAUUCUGGCAGCAGCCUUGGAUGCUGUUUCAAGCAGGGCCUUGACGCAGUCGAUGCUCGCAGACGCGAGCUCCACAGCUCGGCGAUUGGCCGACGUGGACAGCUUGGCAGCCACCGUGGGCGAUGCAAUUGCCGGGGCUGCCAGUAGCUUCAGCGGCCAGCUUCCUCUGCAGGAACUGGCCACGGAGCUUCAUCGCAUCCAUGACGGGGCGCUGCUUGCCGGCAAAAGCCUGCUUUUUGCAGACACCUGCGUGGCGUAUGCGCAGACGCGCUGGUUGGGCUUGCAGCUGUCGCAGCUGUCUGCGGCCAGGCAAGGCCUGGCCGAUGUGAUUCGCACAGUGGCAGCGGGCGCCUACUCAUCGCUGUCUGACCGAUCGCAAAGCUUGGUGGCACUCGGGCAGCAGAUGGGGGACUUCUUCACCAGCUUUCCUGUGGAUUCCGGCGUGGCGGCGGCCCAUGCAUUAGGCUUGGACUUCGGCCUCUCCCCCGUGGAGGCAUUGCAGGUGGCCGCGGCCACGGCAUGGCACCUUCACAUGGGCCGUUGUGCAGACACCGCCUUCCGGUGCCUCCCCCAUCGCCUCAUCGCCAUCAAGGAGUCGGGCCGGUCCAUGGCAAAACUGAUGAGGUGGAGGCCAGGCCUGCACCAGGCAGAGGCCGGCCACCUGGCAUUGCUGGCUGCAGAGAGCUCCGGCAUCGGAACCUUGGAAGCCAAGCUGGCAGCAGCUGUGGGGGCCAUGACUGUCUUCGGCCUCUCGGAGCAAGACCUGAAGCUCCAGGCGCCGGGCCUUGGCCUUGCCCUCGGCGAAGACAUCCCUGCGGACGUGGCGCGCUCCGCCUGGAUGCUUGGCACGUCUCCCCAGGCCACGCGAGUUGUGGAGGUCUUGCAGGCCACCGCUGAGACGGGCGCUGCGUUGGCCAUCCGUUUGGGCGAAAACCUCGCAUCCGAGGUCUCCCCUCUGGAAGGGCGGCUUGCCGUGGAGUGGGCCAUGCGUACCGCUGGGAACAGUCCCCGGAGCUCCCGCACCGUGGCUGCGAUGUCUGCGGUUCUCCUUGCAGGAGCGACGAGCGCCGACCUCCUGGCGGGUAUCAACUCUGCGAGCAUGGUGCCGGUUCCCAGCCGAAGUCCGACCUCUGCAGCGGAUGCAGUGGCAGCAGCCUUGCCCAGUUUGGAGGCGUCCAAGCGCUGCAUUGUCGCACAGGCCAUUGCCGUCUCCUUCGAUUUGACUGCCAUGGAGGCCGCACGUGCAGGAGCAUUGGCGGCAGGCCUUGACAUGGCCGCGUACAGCCAAGUGCUACAGACCAUCUCAGAGUCCGCCAACACCCCAGAGUCCUUCAGCUCUGAAGUGGCCCCCAUCACCGGAGCCCUGAACGCCACAGAGAUGCAGCGGGUGAGUUUGGCGUUUGCGGCAUUUUUGGAGCGCUUCUCCUGGGAGGGUGACCUAACCACGCCGCUGGCUGCUGCCCUGCUCUCCGCAACUGCUGGCAAUGAUGUCGAGUACUCGACGGCGCUGCUGUCGCCCUUGGCGGUAUGCGUGGGAGCUGAGCUGUGGGAGCUGGUCGGAGCACUGCAACUCGCACUUGGGGCAUCCCUCAACCAGACCUCCAUGGUGCUGGGCCAGGCCGCAUUGGCAACUGGUGAGGCUGCAGACAGUCCCAUCGCCCAAGCUGCUUCAGUCCAAGCUGCCGUCAGCCGUGCUCGCUCGAGAAGCGAGGAGGCUGCGACACUUUGGGCAACCGGCUCCCAGUACCUGCCAGUCACGCCCAGCGCCGGCCUCUCCGCCUGGAGGGCUCUCAAGAUGCAGGAGGCUGGCAACGCCAGCAUCUCCGAGUUGGCCCAGAAGGUCGAGCAGGCUGUCCUCAAUGUGACAGGUGCUUCUGACAUCGCAACGCUGGCUUCCGCAACGCAAUUCGCUGCAGCCUAUGCCGGCUUCAGCGCCGAGGACGCAACCCAGGCAGUCAUAGAGGCCAGCGGCAGCGUAGGGUAUGCGGUGUUCCUGGCGGCCGCCUGGCCGGCCGGGGUGCCCGUGUCGAGCAGCUCCUCCUCUGCUGUGCUUGCGACCUCUACAGCCUUGACGUUGGACCAGACAGCAAACUCCAGCCCGUGUCGGCAUGUGUCGACAUCUGGAAACGAAACGAUCUGUGAACAGUCUGCAUGGCCGAGCGAUGUGUGCGCCAUCAAAUUGGGCCUUCAUGAGAACUUCACGACCUGCGACGACUUCUGCGGUGGACAGUCGACCGUGGCUCUGCCGAUGCGUUGCCUCGACUUCGCCCCGGUGGCGUCUUGCGAUGCAAAUCGCACACAGGUGAUGCCCGAUCCAUGCCGCUACACCACACAGCAGGACGCCACAAAUCCCACAGGCAUUUGCGUUUGCAGUGGAAGCCGCCGCGGAAGCAACUAUGCCGCCAGCAUCGUACAGGGAUUGGUUCGGAUCGACUCCGAAGCUCGGGUGAUUGGUCUGUUGGGUGGCGUCGCUCAUCGGGCCAUAGCUCCCUGGGCGGUCAUAUCUGCAGCUGCGCAACUGCAGGCAGGCGCCAGCUCACAACAAAUCGCGGCAGCUGUCAACAUUGCUGCCAGCAGCGAAGUUGCAUUCAGCAUCUCCGGUGAGCAGGCCGCUUAUGCUGCGCACUUCUUGGCGAGUGCCCAGGGUUUGGACAGCGGCGCUGCGCUUUCAGCUGCCGUCGAGGCUGCUCGCCUCAGAGACCAGUCAGAAGGGCCGCUGCGACACCUCACGGAGGUGCUGAUCUUCCGCGGAGUUCCUCCAGAAGAGGCAUUUCGUGAGAUGAUCUCCUCAAUGUUGUCCGCGUUUCCUUCGACUGCGGCUGCGCAGUCCAUAAUACAGGGAGCCUGGUGGUACCAGCUCUUUGUGGAGGGGGCGGUACGGCCAUUGCAACUCAGUGACCUGAGAGACAGAUUCGAAGGCACUGCCCACAGCCAGCUCCCUCACGUACUGGAAGUGGCAACCAGGGCACCUGCUGUACUGGCAGCAGCCAGCGGCACGCAGCUAGGCGCGGCCGUCGUGGGGAUUGCGAGCGAAGCCAACGUCACAGAGCACCAGGAAGUGCAAUACGCUGCCUAUGUCGCGGCUCUGCAGGCAUACCUUGGCACAGAAGAUGCUGCAGUGGCAGUGGCCGGCGCAACUUCGGCACUUGGCGCAAACCCGACGCAGACGGCCGUGAGCUUGUUGAACUACUUCCUGGCCAGUGGGUACACCACCGAUCAGGCGUCCUCGCUGGUUUCAACCGCGUUUCAGGCCUCCUCCAACCUGGGUGCAGCACUGCAGUCUGCAGGCUCAGAGUUCCAGACCCUCUUCCAGUCGCACGCUUGGCAGCCGGUGUCAGAUGAAUGGAGAACCCUGACAGGAUUGCCGACAGGCGGUUCCGUGACGGCCCUUGGCGAGGUCCACGUGCCCUAUGUUAUUCAGGGCCUCGCAGGCGUCUUGCAGGUUACGCCUUCGCAGGUUUUCCUGCGCUCUACCUCAUCUCGGCGGCUAACAGAGAGGAGCUUUCAGCGGCGACUGUCAGAACUGCCCAUGUGCAACAUCGAUUUUGUUGUUGAGAUCCGGGCGAGUGAUGAUGCCACUCUCAUUGCGGCGCGCAUCGAUGAGUUUGCCAGUGGGUCGUCAGCACUUUAUGCUCAAUUCGAGCAAGCUGUGCAGCAGGAGUUGGCAGCCGCGGGACUGCCAAUGCCCAGUUGCUUCCGCGAUGCCAAACUCGCAGUCGCGAAUGUUGAGGUUGUGGACAGGUUCCCUCUUCCUGAAUCCAUCUGGCUGGUCAGCUCAAAUUGGAGCGCAUGUCCCGAUGGCUGUGGCAGCAGCGCGAUGCAGACCAGAAGUCUGAUGUGCAGCACGGGCAACGACUUUGCCUGCAAUGCAUCAGGGGAGCGGCCCGCGACGCAGCAGUUUUGCGAGAACUUCGAGAACUGCGAGUUCGAUUGGGCAUGCCCCGUCGGCGGUCGCGGUAGCGAGCUGGCCUGUGGAGUUCAGAUCCUGCUGCUUGUGGGCAUGAUACUUGGAGGGUUUCUGGCCCUCUGGUGCUGCUGCUGCAUUACGUAUCGUCUUGCUCGCAGCUGUAGGCCUUCUUCUGGUGAGAUGAAGCUGAUGACCACCAAGGGGGAGCACAUGAAGGUCAACUUCUACAUCGUUGAUGAAAGUGAGCCACGCAUGGAUAAGACCCGGACGACUCGAACGCAGGAGUCGAGCGCGACCGGCUUCUUGAAGAGAGGCUGGUCGCGCAGCUCUGGGGCUUCCGCAGACGUGAAGUGUCACGUGGUCUGGGAUCUUGAUGUCGAAAAGGCAGCGCAGAUGGAGUUCCGCGAAAGCAAGCUGCACAGGAUCGGAGGAUCCACUGCGUCGCAGCAACAGGCUCUUCAGCGCCUGCCUACAGCCUUGGACAUGACGGAGCAGGACGAGUACAAGACCAAGCAGCUGUUGCGGGAGCAGCAGGAGGAAGCGGAGAAAAGAGCCGAAAGGGAGCGGCUUGAAACGCUGCAGGAGUCCCCCGCAGCAAGAAUCCUGUCCACCAAGAGCGGAAUCUCAGCCUCGCAGAUCGAAGCAGCCAUAGGCAUUGGGCCAUACCUGAAGACAGACCGAGUGGAAUACUACUCGGCGACUCACUGCCGGUGGGUGCCGGCCCUGAUCGAACAGCAGGGCCUCGACCCCAGCACGGACGCCAUCUGCUAUGAGGUCAAGCUGGCGUCGAACUCACAGAAGCGGGCCCAUGUACCACUGGAGAAUCUGCGAGCACCACUUUUGAUAGGGGAGCCGGUGUCGGCAUGGUCUCCAAAGGACUCACGCUGGCAUCUUGGGGAGACGGCGCAGCCAGUCACACUGGUGGCCUACAAGGUUAUCGCCUUGACUGGCCGGAAGGAUCCCCUCUUCGACCACCUGCCACCACACCAUGUGUGGCGCCGCUUCGAGGAAGGAAUGGCGGUGGAGGUCUACCAGAAUCCCGUACUAGGCUGGGUCAGUGCAAGAGUGGCGAGGGAUGCUGAGAUGGAGGACAAGCCGUACGAGGAAGCUGAGGAUAAAGGGAAGCCUCCGAACUGGUUCAAAGUGCUUGUUGAGUACAUCGACUCGGGAAUGAAGGAGGACGUUCCAGCAUAUCUCGUCCGCCGGGAAUGCCUGUCGCUCUAA